UUCAUCCACUGUGUGAGUCAGGGAGGGUGGGGAUUUGGAAGACUGCUGUACCAGUCACACUUUGACAGUUUACUUUCUUAUUCCCCUUCCCCGUCUCUCUGUCUCUCUCUUCCUUCUUUCUUUUUGCUGCGGCCCACCCUCCCUUGCAGUCUUCAGAAGGGCUUUACUGAACCACCGAUAUAAGGGGAAAAUUCAGUUUUUAAGAAGGUAAUUGCGUCACAAUACAAGAAGCCAUUAUGCUUCGGGAGAUCCAAGAGCUUGGCUCACAUGCCAAGGAUAUCUAUGACUACCUCGUGGCAGGAAUUGAUCCACGGGUAGCGGAGUACCCGCUGAUGCAGAAUCCAGUUUCCAUGAGUGCAAUAUUGAUGAGCUACCUUUUUUUCGUAAUGUACCUUGGGCCUCGGAUAAUGGCCAACCGCAAGCCCUUCCAGCUUAAGGAAGCCAUGAUAGUCUACAACUUCACGCUAGUUGCACUAUCGAUAUUCAUCGUAUAUGAGUUUCUGAUGUCCGGAUGGGCCACAACCUUUACCUGGAGAUGUGACGCAGUUGACACCUCUAACAGUCCUCAAGCCCUACGGAUGGUGAGAGUUGCAUGGCUCUUCUGGUUUUCUAAAAUCAUCGAGCUAAUGGACACAAUCUUCUUUGUGUUGAGGAAGAAACACAGCCAGAUUACAUUCCUGCACAUCUUCCACCACUCGUUCAUGCCCUGGACCUGGUGGUGGGGAGUCAGCUACGCUCCUGGUGGAAUGGGAUCCUUCCAUGCCAUGGUGAAUUCCUCUGUGCACGUCAUCAUGUAUUUCUACUACGGCCUCGCUGCUUCUGGACCUCGUUUCCAGAAAUUUUUGUGGUGGAAGAAAUACAUGACUGCCAUUCAGCUGACCCAGUUUGUCUUGGUAUCUCUCCACGCCACUCAGUAUUACUUCAUGGACAGCUGCGACUACCAGUUCCCCAUCAUCAUCCACCUCAUCUGGGUGUACGGCACCUUCUUUUUCGUUCUGUUCUCAAACUUCUGGGUGCAGGCUUACGUGAAGGGUAAGCGACUGCCAAAACAGGAAGGUAUCAAUACAAAACAGUAUCAGAACAGCACAGCAGCAUGCACAAAAGGCAAGCAUAACGAGAACGGAAAGCGCCAUGAAAACGGGAAGCUCUGCGAGAACAGCAACGGCAUCAACCACGAAGUUUCCAAUGGCACCAGCAACGGCUCCGCCCACUUGGAGAACGGAAACCCCCAAAACAGCAAGAUGAAGAAGGCUUAAGGACUCUGAAAGUAACUAAGAAGUAUGAACCAGUCAGCCUGUUAAAACUACUACGGAUUCCAAAGAUAACUAUGUCUGACUCUUUUCCAGCUUUUAGUUUUUUGUGCAAAACAUGGGAACAAAUGUGGUCAAUGAUUUCCACAGCUGGGGUUCCACAUUCGGUCGGUUUGAGUUGUGGACCCAUCUAUGGGGCACGACAUAUGAAGAGAAGAUGUUUUGACAUAAAUGUUUUCAUCUUCACUGAUUAAUGCAAGCAGCCUUCUAGUUCAGUUUCACACCAGUGGCCUUUCAGUCCACCUGUUGACCUGUCCGACCCCCCCCCCUGUGGACAGAUGACUGUACAGUUUUAUCAAACUUGAACAUCCAGUUUUGUAAAUAGUUUUACAAUAAACAAACAAAUGUAACUCAUUAUAUUGGUGUGCUUUAUACUUUCUAAAUUUUGUUACAAUUCCUUAUUUAAAACUUAAUUGCCAAUAAAUCUUCCUUUUAAAUAAUCCUUCCUUCAUAUAUUUUUGUCAGAUUUGCAAAAAAUAGUCUUUUAAAUGAUUAGAUUUCUUCUUAACAGUUUUACUUCCAAGAUAUCAGGCCGUUGGGGCUCUCGGAUACGGCUGCGUUGCAACAAAGAAACUAUUUACGUUAGUUGCAUGUGCCUCUUGUCUUGGCCAUCCCGAGUAUGUGCAGUACGUGGGAGGUAAACAAAAGAUCCAUUAUGUUUUGUUUUAAAAAGGAUUCCUGGCACGAGGCAGAGAAAAGCAUUCUGCUGACGGGAUCUACUUCCACCCCACUCCACCAUCCACUCAUAAAUGAUCUGGUACUUUUAUUAAAACAACUAAGAAAGGCUUUGUUUAUAAUGCGUUAAAGCUGUAAACACAAGCUCAACCAACCAGAGGUGUGUGUUUGCUAAAUGAAUAGCAUCCUUUGCAGUUUUAUAUUUGUAAUGCAUAUAUACAGCUGUAACAGUCCAUCAAAUUGUAUUCAUUUAUUUAAAUUAUUUUUUUCAGCAAAAAAUCUUAAGUGGGUUAAAUUCAACUUACUAUCAACCAGCCAACGACUGAAGCAGUUCAUCGCUCCUAAAUGGUGUUGCAGGGUAACCAAGGAGCCCUGAGUUCCCCAAAUACUUCCAUGAUAAAUCCUGACUUUCUGAUGAACAUAGUUUAUAUUAAUCAAUUUGAGAAUUUCCUUAUGUUUGCUCACAUAUACAAAAGUUAUUUUCUGAUAAGGGUUCACAAACAUUUCUGGUGCUUGAGAGAAGUUUAGUAUUGCCAAUGCCUUUUGUGUCUGUCUCAAUUCAUUUCAAUGUGUUAAUGUUUAAAUUCUUGUAAUGAUUGUUGAAAAAAUGCAAUAAAUGAAAAAGCAUGAAGGGGUGGCGUCCCGACUAAAUGA